UAUACAUAUAUAUAAUAUAUAUAUACACAUAUAUAUAUCUACGUAUGGGGGGAGGGCAACCGCCGCCGCCGUCUUCGCCUUCGCUGAAAUAACAGUAAGUAGGAAACUGCUAUCAUCGUAGUAACACCACUACGAAAUAGCAGUGAUACUAGUAAAUACUAGUAAAUAAUAUUUCGGUCCUUUACCUCAGGAAGAAGAAGCAGAAAAAACCAAAACAAAAAAACGAACGGAAAAGGGAAAAAGGAAAACAACAACAAAAAAAAAAGACAGAAGCAAACUUAAGGAAACUUUGGAUAAUUUGUUUUUUGGAUAAGUUUUUUGGGGUUUACAUCAAGUUUGUGGAGUUUUGGUCUGAAAGAAACGGAGAAUCACUUCGCCAAACUAUUUAUUUAUUCGUUAAUUUUGUUGUAUUUUUUUUUUCGCUAUUGCUCUUGGCAUCUGGCUAUUUAACUAUUGUGUGAUGAGUUAUCCUCUCCUCCACCUUUCGGUACCAACACCAGCACCACCACCAUCGCGAUUAGUACCAUUUAUUACUACUACUAUUACGAUUACUGCUGCUUCUUCCUCUGACGCCGCCGACGCCGUUUCUUCGGCCUCUGCUGAAAAGUUCUUGCCAUCUGCCAAAAAAAGAAGGGCUGCGUUGUCGAAGUCUUUGGCAGUGGCAUUAUAGAAAUAGUAGAAGUAGUAGUAGUAGAAGAGGCAGUUGUUGCUGCUCUUGUGGUAGUAGUCGUCGUAGUAGUAGCAUGCAGCAGAGGCAUGUGGUGACCAAAGUUGCUUCUGCCCAAGUUCUUUAUUCCCGGUUGACUUUGUACUACAGCAGCAAACUUGACAUCCACUGGCAGCGCUCCGUCCACUACUGUCCCGUCUGCGAUGUACCCGAACUCAAGCAGCUCCAACUUACCUGUGGUGCCAUACACUACGGAUGGUGCACGCCGCCUCCCUUUCCUUCCAAAUCAACUUUCGCAUGCGAAAGUCCUCAAAAGAAUACCAAUGCCUCUCUUCCUAAACAGCAGCAGAUUCCCAAAGAGAAGGAGUGCAAGGAGGAUAGUGAAGGAGAACGGGGGAGAGUCCGAGAUGGCCAGAGUGUCACUCCACGUCCGGCCAGUUCCUUGGUUACGUCAUCCAUACAGACAGUCGGUCCAUCACCGCCCUCCCCGCACAGCUCUACAGUGUGUGCAACAGCCUCAUCGGCCGGCCACGUCGGCACCUCCACCUCCACCGCCACCAGCAGCAGCACCACCACCACCACCUCCACUGCCACCAACACUACCGGUACGAGCACCACAAGCACCAACACAGCUGCCGGUGGUGUUAGUAGCUUCCCACAGAUUGCGUCCACGUCUACCAAUACAGCCGUUAGCAGCGCUGGUGCCCCGCCGCCGCCGACCUCCCUGUCGGCCGCCGCCCUGCCAAGGACCGUAGCAGCGGUGGCCAAGUCUUCGAAGCCGUCCCACAAGCAACAGCAUCCUUCCAAACCCUCCCAAGUGCCUAACACGGUCAUCAUGUCCAUUCCUCAGUUCUACUUCCCAACCGGAAGACCGAUGCCAGUCGAAGAAGUAGAAGCUGUCCUUCAGAAUGUGGCUGCCGUUUUUGCUAAAGCGGAAGGCGGCAAAAUCUACAAAAAUAACAUGGCUGUUAUUGUCAAGGCCCUUAAUUUUCCUCUUUAUUGGAAAAGCAUGUUGUUCCGGUGUGCUGGUGGCGAGAAGCUGGGCUAUGUGACGUUUUCUAUGUUCUCUUCCAUGUGGAGAAAAAUCUGUCAGACAUGCCAUGACGAUGCUUCAAAGUUUGUAAGGUUAUUAGCAAAACCUGGAUGUAAAUAUUUGGUAGUAGAGGACUUUGUAUAUUUUGUUCAGGAUGUUGUUGACACUCACCCUGGAUUAAGUUUCCUUCAGGAGGCGAAAGAGUUCCAUUCAAGAUAUGUACACACGGUCAUCUCAAGAAUAUUCUUCUGUGUAAACAGAUCUUGGUCAGGGAAAAUUACACCAAAUGAACUAAGGCGAAGCCAUUUUUUACAGACUCUCUUGUUGUUGGAAGAAGAAGACGACAUCAAUCAAAUAACAGACUAUUUUUCCUACGAACAUUUCUAUGUGAUAUAUUGUAAAUUCUGGGAACUGGAUCAAGACCACGACCUCUACAUCGACAGAUCUGACCUGGCGCGGCACAACGACCACGCCAUGUCUUCUAGAAUCGUAGAUCGAAUAUUCUCGGGUGCUGUAACGAGAGGAGAGGCCCAGAAGGAGGGGAAAAUGAGUUACCCCGAAUUUGUCUGGUUUCUCAUUGCUGAAGAAGACAAGAGACAUCCAACUAGUAUAGAGUAUUGGUUCCGUUGCAUGGACAUUGACGGCGAUGGUGUCCUGUCGAUCUACGAGAUGGAGUAUUUCUACGAAGAACAGAUGCACAAAAUGGAGGCCCUCGGCAUCGAGAAAUUACAAUUUGAAGACUGCCUUUGCCAAAUGCUAGAUCUUGUCUGUCCAGAAGUGCCAGAGAAAAUAACUCUCCACGAUCUCAAAUCCUGCAAGAUGAGUGAUGUUUUCUACGAUACGUUCUUCAAUUUGGACAAAUUCCUUGAUCACGAGCAACGAGAUCCUUUCACAAAUUUACGGGACCCAGAGACAGAUGGACCCGAAAUGACAGACUGGGAGAAAUAUGCUGCUGAAGAAUACGAGAACCUCCUGGCUGAAGUUGGUGUUAAUGAAGACAUUAAUUACGAAGACGACUUUGAGCCUGACGACGAAGAUUCCAUCCAAGAAGAACUCGUUAGUCCCGGCAGUGAGUUCCUCCGACAGAGAUCUUCGAUGCCAAGAACGACGUCCAAUAUCUGUGACCCUUAUUACUUCAGGAACGGGGAUCUGCAUUUCUAGAACAACCCCCCACCCACCCACCCUGCUCCUCUUGUUCAAUCGUUUCUCUACCCACCCACCCACCCACCUACCUACCAUCUACGCCACCUUCAUUACAACCACCACCACCACCACCUCCACACUAUUACCACAGCCCCUACUACUGCUUGUAUUUCUCUCGCCACCAUCACCACCACUGCAGUAUUACCACUACUACAACCACCACAAUGGCUAUUACCACCACCAGCACCACCACCGCUACUACUAGAACUAUGUAUGAACUAUCCCCACCCUUAACCUUCCCUUUUUCUUUAUGUUCUGAGUCCUUUUUUUUUUCCUUUAUUGAUUUUUGCUCUGAAAGGAAAAUGAAAAAUCUCACCAUGCCCACCCCCACUGCCAACGAAUGAUGAAAUGUUUUUUUUUUGGUUUUUUUUCUCCUUGGAAAUUUUCAAUUUCUCUUGCUGCUUGCUAUGACAUGACUAAUGGUCUGUCUGUCAUCGUAUUGUGGUAACCGUGGCGCCAACGAUCCCUCCAUGUUGCUAAAGAGAGAUGAAUGGUCUGACCUAACCAUGUCCCGUGAUAUUUUAGAAUUGCCAUGACAGCUCCUCCGUCUUCUGUCAUCAUUUAACAGACUCGUCAUCACAUCUUAAACAGACUUGUCCAUCAUCUCUUGACACGCUUGUCAUCACCAUUUAAGCCUGUCAUUGCCAUUUAGACUCUGGUAUUUAACAAAUUGUCAUCACUCCUUUACCGACUUAUCGCAUAGUUACUGGCCGUCAUCACUUCAUUAACAACCAUCACCAUUUCAUUACUGACCAGUGUCACCGCUUUACCGGCUAUUGUCACCACCCCUUUACUGAUCGGUGUCGUCAACACUUUACCGGCUGUCAUCACUUAUUUGCCAACCACCAUCACCCCUCUGCCAGCUGUCAUCACCCCUUUGCUGACUGUCAUUACUUCUUUACUAAGUGUCAUCACAACUUUCUUGACCAUCACAUUUUUUUGCUGUCCGUCAACACUUACCACCGUCACUUCUCAGAGGACUCAGAAUUUUGAAAAUUCUUGCUUUUCUUUUCCCCAUUACUUGAAGAUCCCGAGCUAAGGUGCAUGGAAUAAUGUCUAAUGCUGUCUGUGACAGUUUGGUAAAUUCUAUAUUUGUGCUAUUUUGGCAACAUUACCGUUUUCUUUCUUUUUAUUUUUAUUUUAUUUAUUUUUUUUUUAAUGAAGUAACAAGAAUUUGAUCCGAACCAGGAGAGAGAGAGUGCAGUCUGAAUAUUUGUUAAUCGUUUUCCAGAAUGAGUCUUUAGGUAUGGUUCCUAGAAAUUCUGUUUGUUCUUUUGAAAUGGAGCUUUAAGUCGUAUCUGUAAAGACAACAUCUGUUUGUUGUCGAAACACACUCUUACACCAAAACAAAAUGUGUGUUGCUUCCUUUAUGAAGCUGAGCUUUAGGGGUUAUUUAAUGUCUUAAAAAAAAUAUUUCUGAAGAAUCUGCAUUUUACCAUUUUUGAAUCUACGAGGUCAUUAAACACUAAAUCUGCUUUACACAAU